CGCUAAUGCAACACUAACCGGAUUUAAUCCACCGAAGAAGAAAAACCGGAAGAAGUCUUUAUUUUGGUUUCGGGUGCGGCGGGAACGGCCACCGAGGAAGUAAACAAACUGAACGGUGAGACGCAGUGACCAUGUUGUCCAAACAGCAGCAUGUGGACAAACCUAACAUCUCUCCUGUUCUGUUCAUGGACGUGGAUGGUGAACCCAUGUCCUUCUUCAUGCGACCGGGUCCUGUCAAGCGUAAACUGCAGCCAUUCAUCACAGCUGGAGGAGGGCUGUUGUGUAACGUCCAGCAGCCAGGGGCGAUCCUGCUGAUGGAUCCGGAGGAAAGAGGCUCCUUUCCUGAAACUACUGCUCACUGGUACAUUUCCACCCAAUACAUUAACGACUGUGUUGAGAAGGAUGAACAGCUGAAUUUAGACAACUACAGGUUGAAUCCCGAAGUAUCUCGAAGAAAAUCUGCGAGACUCAACAGUAGCGCCUCUGGACUCUCAGCAGGCAGGAUUGGCUACACAGCUGAAGACGACGCUGCCAUUCUGAGUUACGUCAGUAACCACAAGACAGAGAUCGGAGGAAACCGGCUUUGGCAAGAGAUGGAGAAGCAACGCGUGACCACUCACAGCUGGCAGUCGAUGAAAUACCGUUACAGAGUGCGACUGGCAAAGAAACAGACGGAGGUCGUGGAGGCAGAAACAACUGCAGAAGAAGCUGAGUCAGCAGAUGGAGAGACUAAGGUUGAAGGUGAGCAAGAGACAGAGGUUGAAAAACCCUCCAGUGCAGACGAUGCUGCUUCUCCUCAGAAACCAUCGACAGAAUCCGACCUAACACAGAUAGAUGCCCAGUCCAUGUCAGCUCAAAGCAAAACACCAGAAACUUCAGAAGCUCAAACAUCCAUCUGUCCUCAAGAAGAAGUGCAACAUGUGAAUUCACAGACAGAUGAACAACCAGCUGAAAACUCACAAGUAGAGAUUGUAGAAGCUGAAACAUGUAAACCCCCCCAGCCUGAGGGGCCCCAUUCAGACCCACCGACAGAUGCUCAGCCAAUCCCAGCUGAGAGUACAGAAACAGCUGAACCACAAACCAGCAUCCCGGAGGAAUCUCCACCAGCCCAGCCCAAGGCCCCGCCCAACACCUCUGCUCAGAAGAAGCUAGAAGAGAAGCAGAGGGCCUCCCCGAGGCUGGAACAACAGAAGUGUCGAUUAACCCGCAGGCAACUUCAGCUCGAGGAGACUGAACCUUAUGGCAAAAAACUCAGAUCUUCCUUAAGUUCUGUAGACCAACUACCAUCUUCUUCUCAGCCCUUGAGGAAAACAAAAUCACAGUCUCUUCAAAAAGACUCAACAGUUGACCAGCCGCCUUCUAAAAAAGCCAAAGUAAAGAGUGCAACAGAGGUGGAAGAGGUGGAGGAGGUGGGAGAGGUAGAGGAGGUGGGAGAGGUGGAGGAGGUGGAAGAGGUGGAGGAGGUGGAGGAGGUGGAGGAGGUGGGAGAGAGUCCACAAGAGGAGAGUGAACGAGCUACGGUCUCUGAAACAACACAAGCAGAUACAGAAUCCGUUUCCGUGCCACAGAGCGGGGAAAAGAAGAAAGAGAAGAGGAGGUUGGGGAUUUUAGAAAUGGCUACAAAAGAGUUUGAAGAUGAAAGUGAGUCUGAUGAAGAUGAAGCUCCAGCUAUCAAGAACACGACUGGAACAGCAUUGAUGCAACCUGCACCGACAGAACCCCCUCUCCCGACUCCAGAUACAGCUGCUUCCUCACAGUCCAACCCUGAACCCAGAGCUGACCUCCAGGAGGACGAGGAGGAGACGGAGACCUCCACCAGUGACUGCCUCCCACCGUCAGGCCACCCUGAGCCUUCAGACAAGGAGCCGGCCGUCGUCAAUGGAACCUCCAAGGCCCACCUGUUCAUAUUCGACAGAGAAUCUCAGGAGGAAGAGUCUCAGUCCAUUAUUGGUGAGAUUCCAGCCGCUCCAGCCAGCCCACAGUCAACGGUGAGCGCAGAUGCUGCUUUUUCACUGACUCAGGUCCAGCUGGAAGAGGACAAGCAACGAAUCAGGGAGCUGAUGAAGGAGACGAACCAGGAUUUGGCCACUGUGACCAAAGCGCUGUUGAAAACCAGCGGAGAGUUCUCUGCUGCUCUGGACCUUCUUUUGAAUACCGGUUCUGUCUCGGGACCGUUUUGGACUCGCAGCGACGACCUUCUUUUGCUCUCUGGUGAUCCCGCCAACCGACAGCAGCUGCAAGAGAAAUACAGUGAGGAGGGAUUGGCUAAAAGAAUUGUGUUCCUCGAUGUCCAAGGGUGAAAAUGAAACAUUUUAGUACAGAAUGAUAAGAGGCUAGUUUCUCCGAUGCCGCCUCUUUCAGGAGGUGUAAUCACAAGCAUUUUAGGAUUAAACCAGAUUGUUUAAAAGUUUUUAGUAAAUCAAUAAAGGUAAAGUCAAGGCUAUUAUUGGUGCAUUGUCUGCCUUUGUUUGCAAGCUAAAUUUUUAAUGUGUUUCAUUAUGCAAAUAUUCUGUCAUUGUGGGAUUUUAAUGUGUUUGUUUUCAUUACAUUGCAUUAUAAAUCGUUUAAUUCUCUUUAAAAACACCUUCUUUAUAUUAUAAAAUAAAACUCCUUUUUAUAUACA